CGGAGACUGCAUGGGACAGAAGUUGCAUCUUAGGGUCUGUACUUAUAGUCUUGAGAGUGCUAUAUGAUCUGGUAGAUGGGCAUGUAUAUGCUGAUUGUUUGUAUAUCCCCAUCACUUCCUUACAGCCCAAAGCUCUAUUGCCACCCGACCGCUUCGUACCGCCUUUACAUGGACAUGGCAACUGACUUACACAUUCCCUUCCAUCUAUGUCAUUUUCUACCUAGUCUGUUCAUAGGCCUCUCUCUUUCUCUCUUUCUAUGUCUUUUGCAACUCCCCUUCUCCUCUUAGCAAUGGUACAGUAUGUACCAUAUUCAGUCAUUUAAGAAUUCAUUUUUUAAAUAAAACAAAGAAAAUAUUUAGCUGUAGAUACUUCAAAGCAAACUUAUCUUAAAAAAGAAAAUGUUCAGUUUUCUUUUGUAGAUAAAAUGAUUUAUUUAUCAAAAUAAGAAUGGUGAAGUUAUUUUUCAUGUCAUGGUGUGAAUGUAUGUGUCGUUGCCUCCUGUAUCAUCUUGUCUAAGAAGAAAAAUAUAAAAUCAAAGGAUAAACUGAUUGCCUAAUUAAAUCAUUACAUAUUUACCAUACUUAUCCCCAAGCAUUCUUACACAACUUUCUUAAUUUUUUGUAAUUUUUUUUUCUUCCUGCCAAAAUCAUGCGGGCAAUUUGUUGAUGAGGGGAGUUAGUUAUCCCUGUUCUUGUUGAGGAUCCCAUAGACAUCCCCCCUAUUUCCACUCGAGCCCCUUUCAUCCCCAUUCCCCUGACCCUUCACCCCGUCCUCACCAUUAUUGAGUCCACCAAAGAAUCCCUGACAAUUGCCACCAAGGCGGGUGUACCUUGCUUGUCAGACCAAGGCAGCGAUGAUUGUGAUGAUGAUGAUGAUGGUGAUGGUUUGGUGAUAUCGGGUUUUGGCUCUGGGGAGGCCUUCGACUCUAGCCUACCCCCUACUGAUGAUGAAGAUUUUUACACCACCUUCUCCCUGGUAACAGAUAAGAUCUUGACUACGUCGACCUACGAAGGUGGCUACAAAGCUCUUGCGCCCAAGUGGGAAGUAAAGGACUUUAAACCUAGCAAGGCCUCUGAGGCAGGAAGGACUACGGCCAUCCCUCCUCAGCCUGACUUCAGGAGCUCAGCUGCAUCACCUGUCAUGCCUGAGCGUGCACCUAAAAUCCCAGCUGGGAAAAUGAACAACCGUGAAAUCAAACCCCAACCGGACAUAGUGCUACUACCACUCCCCACGUCUUUUGACAUAGACGGCACCAAACCAAAGGGGCCGUACAUCACCCAGCCCAUGUUGCGCACCAUCCCCAGUGCCCUGCCCACCGUGCCAGGUAUCAGGAGAGUGCCUCCUGGUGCCUCGGAGGUAAUACGUGAGUCCAGCAGCACUAUGGGUAUGGUGGUGGGUAUCAUCUCUGCUGCCGCCCUGUGCAUCCUCAUUCUCCUCUAUGCCAUGUACAAAUACAGGAACAGGGAUGAGGGCUCCUAUCAGGUAGAUGAAACACGGAACUACAUCAGCAAUUCUGCACAGAAUAAUGGCACAGUAAUCAAAGACAAACAGCCCAACACUAAGGGUCCCAGCAACAAGAGACCCAAAGACAAGGACAAGGAAUACUAUGUGUAAAAUGAAAAUCUGAAUGACAAAUAUACACAGAACAACAUCUGAGAAAUCUUGAACAUGAAACAGGGAUUUUACACAUCCUUUAAAAGCUCAAACACAUUGAACCUAUUUCCAAGUUAUGUGAUUUGAAGCACACUUAAGCAUUUGGUAAGCAUAGGGAGAAGGAAAAAAUAGGACUCUGGGGACCUUGAUACUUUACUUUCUGUCUGGUUGGGGGACAAUGCCCGUGUAAAAUAUCUCAUUGCAGCAUUUUUAUCCCUCAAGUGACUUUCUGAGUUACAAAAUCCUUGGUGUAAAAAAAGACACACACAAAGCAACCCUUGUCCAUUGUAACCCUGUACAAAUCAAUAAUGAUCAUGGGUAAUGGUCAUGAUUUUGGACAUGCAUGUAAUGUGUGUGAUGAAAUACAGAUAUCUUUGCAAAUGAAAAAUUUUGGAGAUGCAAAGUGGGAAAAUUUGCCAUAAAACAGUACUUUUCUAAACCAUGCUGGAGAAGAAGUGUUCCAUUAAACGAAUAGUUUGUCAUUUUUUAUUGUUAUUUUAUUUUUGUUAAUUAUUAUUAUUAUUAUUAUUAUUAUUAUUAUUAUUAUUAUUAUUUAUUUAUUUAUUUAUUUACAGUGUUCGUCAAGGACUUAGUUGCUUUAACAUUCAUAUUCUGAUUGAGCUCUGUCAUAGCCAGAUUCAGCUGAAAAGCAUCCAUCUUUUACAAAUGGAAAAUGAGACAUUCAACAUUAAAUUCAGUUAAAUUUACUCACAUUUGCACACAAUUCACAUAUGGAUCAAGUGUUAACGAAAAAAUCCAUUGACUGAAAUAUGAAAUGAUUUGAGGAAGACAAAUUCACUGCGAACAAGUGAAUAUUUCAUGUUGUCACAGUAACCUGUGUCAAACAAUAAAUGUUUACAUAUUUUAUUACAUCAUAGAUACAGUACUUUGUAGCUCACUAUUGUUCAUAACAUUUUGACAUUUUCAUACUUUUUCUGUACAAAUUUAACAAAAAUCUAGUUUAAUGUAGCUCAUCCAGUGAAGAGCCGACACUGAAAAUCUGAGAUUCAAAACCUAAUAUAAGCAAAGGAAUUAACAGAGGGUUUCAAAUAAAGUAAUAUUAUGAACUAUCAAAAAUAAAUAUUUAGGGUACUGCACUAAUUUCUAUGUUGCUAAUCAGGUAAGAUAAUUUGUCUAACUUCAAUUAUGAAGGGGUAAAAUUUCCUUGCUUCCACUGAUGUACACAAAUUAUGCUGGAUAACAACAGCUGGUUUUUGCUCAAACUUUUGGCAUCAAUCUCAGACGAAAAUCUACUAUGAAUUUUUUUUAUAAAUAUGAAAAUGAAUUCUAACAUUUCAUUUAAAUUGCUUAUUUAUUAUAAUAAUAUUUUAUGACAAAAAUAAAUGAAAAUUUGUAUCUCUGUGGUCCCAGAUGUUUGAGCCCCACUGUACUUGCAUAAAGUGUUAUGGAAGAGUAUUGUAUGUUAAUCUGUCUCGAUGGCGUUAUUGAGUCAGAUGUUUGAAAAUCAUAAGAUGUAAACUGGUAGAAAUCAACCUCCACAAUAUCUGGUUCUUGAUUUCUAUUUAAACAAUGUUACAAGAGCUCAUAAAAUAAAUGUGGAUGAUGGAUUAGAUUCAUACUGCCACCACAUUUCUGAAAUUCACAGUUAUUUAUUUUUUGUCUUUCUCAUUCUGCUAAUUUUCAAUAUGUUGCGCUGUUGUCCUGCAUUAUUUUAGGUUUGUUGCAUUAUGACCAUUUGUGUUGGUGGUAGUUGCAAUUCCUCUUUUUUUCUCAUGUGUAUUCAUUCCAUUUUUGUCAUCAUCACAGCACUCAGAGUUGUGUGCUGUGAUUUAGAUUUUGUGUUCUUUUUUUUCCCAGUUCAUCAGUUAUUGUUUUAACUCUUGACAACUACAGGUAUGUCCAGCAAUAAAAAGUUCCCAUUUGUUUCCA